CGGUGCUGCAGGAUAUAAAAGCCUCUGUCGUGAUUUGGGGCUUUGUUGCGUUUUUGUGCUGUCGUUGAAGGUAGAGAGAAAAACACGCAAAGAUGGGCUUCUAUUUCUCCACUGAGACAUGGACCCUCCUGGUGGCUUUCAUCACACUGACCUUUGUGUAUGUCUGCUGGCAAUUUGGAACAUUUAAGAAGAUGGGCAUCCCUGGUCCCAGACCAAUCCCUUUUUUCGGCACUAUGCUAGCAUAUAAAAAGGGAUUCACCAUCUUUGAUGAAAUGUGCUACAAGAAAUAUGGGAAAACAUGGGGCAUUUUUGAUGGCCGUCAGCCCGUGCUGUGCAUUGCAGAUCCUGCCGUGAUCAAAACUGUUCUGAUAAAGGAGUGUUACUCUCUCUUCACUAAUCGUAGAAACUUCCGGCUGAACGGACAACUGUACGAUGCCGUGUCCAUCGCUGAGGAUGAUCAGUGGAGGAGGAUCCGAAGUGUCCUCUCUCCUUCCUUUACCUCAGGAAGACUGAAAGAGAUGUUUGGCAUAAUGAAGCACCACUCUGCUAACCUGAUCAGCAGCAUGAAAAAGAAGGCAGACAAGGAUGAGCCCUUAGAGCUGAAGGAGUUCUUUGGACCCUACAGUAUGGAUGUAGUAACCAGCACAGCCUUCAGUGUCGAUAUAGACUCACUCAACAACCCCUCAGACCCUUUUGUCACUAACAUCAAGAAGAUGCUGAAGUUUGACUUGUUUAACCCUAUCUUCCUCAUUGUUGCUUUCUUCCCCUUUAUGGGUCCUAUUUUGGAGAAGAUGGAGUUUUCCUUUUUCCCUGUGGCUGUCACAGACUUCUUUUACGCUGCACUGCAGAAGAUCAAGUCUAAUCGAGAACAAAGCAAGCAAAAGAGUCGGGUGGAUUUCCUUCAGCUGAUGAUUGACUCCCAGAAAAACAAUGACCUCAGUAAAGUGGAACAGGAUAAAGGUUUAACUGAUCAUGAGAUCCUCUCUCAAGCAAUGAUUUUCCUCUUUGCUGGCUAUGAAACAAGCAGCAGCUCUCUCUCUUUCAUGGCUUACAAUCUGGCCACAAACCCUCAUACCAUGAAACUGCUGCAGGAGGAGGUCGACUCCACCUUCCCUGAUAAGGGUCCUGUUGAAUACCAGGCUCUGAUGCAGAUGGAAUAUCUAGACUGUGUCAUUAACGAGUCUCUCAGAUUGUACCCCAUUGCCCCACGCAUUGAGCGUGUAGCCAAGGCGACUGUGGAGAUAAAUGGCCUUGUGAUACCAAAAGGUAUGAUUGUCAUGGUACCCACAUGGCCCCUGCACCGGGACCCUGAUCUGUGGUCCGAGCCGGAGAAGUUCAAACCUGAGAGGUUCAGCAAGGAAAACAAGGAGACUAUUGAUCCAUACACGUACAUGCCUUUCGGGGCAGGACCAAGGAACUGCAUUGGGAUGCGAUUUGCUCUGGUGAUGAUGAAACUAGCAAUGGUGGAGAUCCUCCAGAGAUACAGCUUCUCUGUGUGUAAGGAGACUGAGAUCCCCUUGGAGAUGGACAUCCAGGGCCUGCUGGCCCCAAAACGACCAAUCAAACUGAAGCUGGUGCCACGUUCUGAACCCUCAAACUAAAUCAACAACAAGAUAAAGAAUAAUCAUUUUAGCUAUGUUGUAUACAGACCUACUGUGAAUAAAAAAGAUGUCAAUUUGUUCAUGGUAAUAUUAAAGUUAUGUUUACAUCUGUA